CUUCCGGUCCUCAGAUGGUUCUCAGAGGAAAACAACAUCGAAUGAAAUUACUUUCGAAAUGGGCGUCUUUGACGUUGUUUCCUAAAUGUAUCUCGAUUUCGUAAUUUUGCAGAUCAGAGACUUCACGAGUUUACGUUCUAGCUAAUGCCAUAGCCAACCAAGGAGCACCUGUCUUUUCCCAGAUAACUGAAGGCGUCUGGAUAUGAUCUGCAGUUGCAGAUGAACUUCUUGUCCAAGUUCUCCUGGAAGCCUUUGACAACAUGGAGAAGAGUUGGGACAGCAUAGAUGAAGCAGGAGACUACUCAACAGAUGAAACUAGAAAUAUACCAAGCCAUUCAUGUCAGAAAAUCACUGAACACAAAGGAGCAGAAGGGGGAGAAGAGGUCCUGACUGACAAAACAUAUAAGAAGAAUAUGGCCGAAUUUAAGGUGAAGAAUGAAGAUGAGUCUAGUCCUUUUUCUGACAUCCACAGUCAUUCAAAGAUCAAGGCUCAAGCUCUUCAACGGGGGGCAACAGAAGUCAUCCAAGAUAAGUGUUCCCCUUUCUUAGAAAGAUUAUGCCCUGUGGGCCUAACCAAUGUUCAGGAAAGUUGUAUUUUGGCUUCUGGAUUUGAUGUAAAAAAGAAGACCGGUAGAGAUUCUGCUGCAGUGGGGAUCGGUACUAUAGUUUCUUUCUCCCCCUUUUCAAGCAAUCUGUCAAAAAAUAUAAAGGGAACUGUCACACAGUCACCCAUAGACCUUGAGUUACAGCAAUCUUCUUUAUCAGACUCUUCUCUAAGUGACCCCGGACAAUAUUCAAGAGCGGUAGUGGAUGAGAAAGCCUAUGCUGAUGUAUCCCAUCAAAUGUUACCACUUUUGGAAACCAAAAAAGGAAAAGAGAAAAUAUCCUUUCAUUCACUUUUGCCUGUGAUGGAAAAGCAACAAAAGCAAAAAGUUGGUCAGCCAUAUAAGAAAACUCUAGUGAAAAUGGCUAAACUUUCAGCAAUUGCCCAAGAAUGGGAUUCAGAUGCCACAGAAAUAUCCAGGGUGACUCGCAAUAAGGAUAAUCUAACACCCUCAUGCAAACAAACAGUUGAGAAGAAAAGGGAUGAAAUGUUAGAAUUUCCCCCAACUACCUCAAGUGCCACAAGCUUUGGAUGCAAUUCAACAUCUGAUUCUUCAAACCACCUUACUAUUUCACAUUCAGAUGACAUAAUAUCUCAAUCUCAAAUAACUGGACAAGACAUUUCUAUGGAAUUUAUCCAACCGCCCAGAGGACAGAGAACUUCAAAGACCACACAAAAAGCAGAAGAAGAAGUCCCGGCGCUGAAAUCGACCACUGCCGCAGAGGGGAAAGAUUCUCCUAUAGUACAAGCUCUGCCACAAAACACAUUGGUGCUGUCCGAAACUGUCUGCUCAUUUGAUGAUAACACAGAGGAUGCAUUGAAAGUACAAAAGAUACCUGGAAAAAAUACAGCAAUAACGUCCAAAGCAGGAAAUAGAAGGACUCAGGCGUUCAAAAGAAACAGAAUGACUCUGAGCAGCCUCUUGACCACUCAGUCACAGAGUAGCAGCACUACACACCAAGAAAAUUGUAAUUUGGGACUCUCUCAAGAUGCAACUCCACUACAAUCAUCUGACAUAAAAAUGGAGCCUAAAUACUUGUAUAUAAAAACAGAGCCCAAAUUCUUGUCAGACACUGGUAUCUUGGAUGUCAAGAACAAUUUGAAGGAACACCGAAAAAGAGAACCCUCCAAAAACUUUACAGAAGGGAGUGGUAAAAGUCCUGGUGUGAUGUCUAGAUGCUUUGACUUGUCUAUCACUAAAAAAGACCAGGGGGCACCAAGUGUCAUAAGGAGGGAAAUCAAAUAUGUCACUGCUAACACAUCAGCUGUAGGAAACCAGGGGGAAAUGACUCCGAGAACUCAAGCUCUCUCAGGACUGAAGAGUAUUGAGGAUGUGCUGAAAUUGAAGCGGAAAGCUGGUCGACCAUUCAAGAAAAAGACAUUGUUUAAAAUGGCUAAACUGCUAGCCAUAGCACAGGAAGGUGGAUCUAAUGAUAUAGAGAACUGUGGCAUGAUUGAAGAGUGUGUUCCAAAAUUCCAGCAGGUCCCUGCCUAUCACCCCCCCAAGUCAAAAGUAAAGAAGACGGAUACAAGAACCGUGGCAUCAAAUUCACCUACAAGCACCUCAAGAAAAUCCAGCAGAACGUGUAAAGCGACCCCAAAAACUGUUCAAAAGAUGCAAAUCCUCACACACACGCCCACCCAACCAGUGUUACCAGUUUCAUCCUAUCUUAUUGAACCCAUUCUCAAAUUGGAGGACACAACUCUUAUCUCACCGUUGUCUGUCAUUCCUCUAUGUAGUGCAGAUAUUUCCCCUCAACAGGAAAGUCACAGAGGUGGAAAACCCCUGAAGAAAAACACACCAUUUUACAAAAACAUGACCACUGCAGUCCCACAUCCUCCAAUAUUUGCACUAGAUUCCAAGGCCCUUGCUGAGAUUGCCUCUACAGGGAAUGACAAAGAAACAAAGAAAGACAUUGGAUCCAAAAGUAAAUGCAAACGGGUGCCUAGAACUCGUGGUGUAUCAGAAUUACCGUGUACAAAUGGAAUUCCUCAGGGAGAUAUACAUACCCAGACUAAUAGGGAUGCCGUGUAUUCCAAGACUUCAGCACCUACUGUGCCACACUCCCAGAAAUCACGGAAACGUGGGGUUCAACAUAAAAAAGGUACAGAAAAGGCACUUGUCCUAUUAUCUGAUCAAACUGCCCUUCCUGUUUCAGAUUGCCAGUUGCAGGUGCAAAAUCACAGUGCAUCUCAGGAAACGCCUUUACUGCCAUCAAAGAUUGAGACAGAAUCUGACACUGUAUACCCGAGACCGAGAACGGUUACAAAGAAUAUUCCAAAGAUGUGUAAGGCAAGAAACAAACCUUUACUGAAAGUUGAGAAAGCACAGGUGCCAACUCUGGAUCCUUCCCUUGUAGUGGAACAUAUGCGUCCCGAUGUGCCAGAAGUGGAUCAAAUGAGACAAGUGGAAGCAGUGAUAGAGUCGGUAAUUAAAGAUGUUCACCAACCACUGGAACAUGUGGAUCAAAGAAACAAAAAUAAAGAAGAAGCCAGCAAUGUUUCUGCAUCAACUCUGGAUUCUUCACUUGGAAUGGAAUAUAUGCGUCCUGAUGUGCCAGAAGUGGAUCAUACAAGACAAAUGGAAGCAGUGAUGGAGUCAGUGACCGAGGAUCUACACAAAAAAGAGGUCAGUGAUGUUUCUGCAUCAGCAUACUCAACCUUUCCUUCCUCAGAUAACUUGUUUGAACAACAUAACCAUAGUACAUUAUCCCAAUCGCCUUUGCUGACAUUAGAAAUAAAGACAGAAUCGGGCAGAAUCAAGAAUGCCCUACCCAAAAAGUCGAAAAUAUGCAUGAAAGAGAAACAUACGUCAAAAAGCCUAUUGAAAAAUCAUAAGAAAGCAUCUAUGCCAACUUCAGGUCCUUCAUCUGACACAGUGCAUGCGCCAUCCAAAAGAGUUAAGAAGAAUUCCACUACUUGUCAAGAAAGAAAAAGACCUCCACAGAAAGUUGAGAAAGCACAGGUGUCAACUCUGGAUAUAAACUACUCUGGAGAGAAACAUAGAAGUCCUGAAAUCCCACAAAUGGAUGAAAUGAGACAUGUGGAAGCAUUUAUAGAUGCAGUGAUUGAGGAUCUCCACAAACCACUCAAACCUAAGGAUCAACAAAAUAAGUUAAAAGAAGAGACUGAUAAUGUUGCUCCAUUAGAACCAACCACCUUUCCUGCCUUGGAUAACCUGUUGGAACAGCAUAACAAUAGUAAAUUACCUCAAUCUUAUUUUCUGUCAUCAAGAAAGACAAAAUCGGGCUUGAAACAAGCCAUACCCAAAACGGCAACAAAGAAUAAGUCAAAAGCAUGCUAUAAAGGGAAACUCUCUAAAACUGAUAAGAAAGCAGCUGUACUAACUUCCGAUCCUUCUAUUGGAGGUGAAGAUGGAUAUCUUGAAAUGCCUCCCCACCUUAACCAAGCAGAGAAAGGAGGAAAGAGUGAUGGAAAGAACAAUAAUGAUGUAUUAAAGCAUGAAAUAUCAAUUACAGAUGACCAUUUGGAAACAGCAGCCCACAAACCACGUCAGCGUAAAGAGCCAAGAAAGAAGCUAAAAAAAGAGGACUGGAGUGUUUCCAAACCAGAUCAAGUAGAAUACACUAUCUCAGACAGCCAGCUAAAACAGCAUGACCACAAUGCAUUAGAGCAUGUUUCUUUGCUAGCAUCAGAGACAAAGACAGAAUCAGGAUUGGAACAUAUCAUACCUGAAAUGGCAACAACAAAUAAGUCAAAAUCAUCCAGGAAAAGAGACCUCCCUUUAAAAGCACCCCCAGCAAACGCUAAAAGAGCAGCUAUGCUAACUUCAAAUCCUUCUCUUGGUGCAGAAGUUGGAUGUCUUGAAAUGCCUCCCCACCUUAUCCAUGCAAAGCAAGGAGGAAAGUGUGAUGGGAAAAGCAAUAACAAUGUAGUUAAACAUAAAAAAGAAACAGUGACAUCAGUGAUGGAAAAACAUAUGGAAACAGAGCGCAAACCACGUAUGGGGUCAAAAAAGAAUCUGAAAGAAGAGGACAGCAAUGUUUCCAUAUCAGAACAAGCAGCAACGCUUACCUCAGAUAAACAUCCCAACCAAGUUUCUUCGCUGGCAUCAAAGAUCAAGUCAGAAUCUAACAGUGGAUGUGUCACACCCACACAAAAAAAGUAUAUUUCAAAGGCAUCCAAGAAAAGGAAGAUAACUCCAACCCCAUCAAGUUCAAAACUUUCUCUUGGAAUGGAAUAUGGAUACUCUGAAAUGCCUACCAAUUUCACACAUGUGGACCAGGUUCAGAAUAUUCUUGAUACUUAUAAAAUCUCCAAAGUGAGAAAAAAAAUGACUGGAUCAAGCCGUCCAAUAUCCAAUCGAAGAAAUUCCAGACUGCCCUACACAUCUAAUUCACAUAUCACAACUGAGUCGAUGCAAGAUCAAGUAAUUCUAUCGGUUGCAUCAGAUCUCACCAAUAACCCUACCAGUCCUGUAUCAAUAACAGUGUCCUCAAUUGCAGUGCAAGGACAGAUUACUGAAUUAGUGAGUGCUGACUGUAUAGAGAAACGGUCACAUAAAAUGAGGACUCCUAAGACGAUAAAACCUCAGAGACCAAAAGGCACAGGUCUUGAUAAGAAUAUCACAGAUGACAACAUGUCUCUCAAAUUCUUAUCAGCAUUUGUAAAAGAGGAACUCAUUGAGGAAGAAAAAAGCCCAGAAAAUAGGGGGAAAGAAGACGGCAAAGGGAAGAAAGGCAAAAUUCUCAAAAUAGACGAUGUGAAUCCACAAAGUAAACACAGCCAAUCUCAGGUGAAGGAUGGCAAUGCAUUAACAGAUGACAAAUUCAUUUUACAAGUCCCUAUAGAUGAAGCAGGGGGCUCUAUGUCUAUUGCAAUAGACACAAUCAGUACUGUGAUUCCAAAACGUAAAAAAGGUGGUCGUUUUUCCAAGAGAUUGCAAAAAAUGUCAUCUACCACCAACGUUCCCAGUGAACAGCAAUGCAUUAAUAUGUCCUCAGAAAAAACAUCUCUGUGUGUCAGUAAUAUAUCAGAAAUACAAAGAAAGCGAAAAGUUGACACCAGAAGUACUGAUUUUGUUAAUGCAGAUAUAGAAGUCCUAAAUAGCUCUGUAUUAGUGGACUCGUCCUUACUGGAGAAUCAGAGAAUGAAGAACAAGGGUAAGAAAAAAUCCAAGACCAUUACGGAAGAACCGACAGUGGCCACAUCAGUUGUAAAAGAGAUGGUGGGGCAAGAUUUUCAGACCACCAUAACAGCACUGAAAAAUAAACAAGGUCGGCCAUUCAAGAAAAGAACUUUGAGAAUGGCAAAACGGCUGUCAUGUGGAGAGCAGAAGUCAAACACUAGCGGGGAACUUUCUGUGAAUAAGACACAGAGCUGUAAAUCAAAGGGAACUUCUAAGGGAGGGAAAAAGCACAAUUUGAACCCAGCGUCGUCAACCUUAAUAAGGCACACUAAAGCAUCCAAGGCAAUGAAGAUUGAAGACAUUGCUCUUAAACAAGAGCAAGAUGACAUAUGGGAGAUCAUUGAUGUAUCCAGCAACAUUUUCUCCUCACAAACUGUGAUUAUUUCCCCCAGUAUUUCAGGGCAAGAAUUUGAAACCUCCAUAUCUUCACAAACAAUGUUCUCUGUUGAUGCAGGGCCGAUACAAGGAAUCCAGCAAAUUGAAUCUACCCAAUUAACACCCCAUCUCACAAAAUUACCUCAUAAAGUGACUGGCGUGAAAAAGAGACGCAGGAGAAAUAAAACUGGAUGGGCUACAAAAGUGAAAUCCAAACGACCACUCUCCAAAGUGAACUCCGGGAAUAGGCUUGAUGUUUUGAUUCAGUCUACCAUUGACAACACUGGACUCAACACAAGCCUCUGUAAUUCGUUAAUGGAAAAUUACACAUUGGAAAGUGUUGAACAAGAAGAAUGUAGAGCACAAGAAGUGAAAGCAGUAACAAACGAUUACAAUGUAGUUAAUGUUAGGGAGAUCAACUGUGGAGAUCAACUCCUAACAGCUGGUGCUAAAUUACAGCAUUCAAGUGUACUUCAGCAACAUUUUAAGACAAGGAAACCAAUGUCAUGCCACUUCUGUGGUCGCUCAUUUCGUCACAUAUCAGCAUACACAAUUCACAAGCGCAUUCACACAGGUGAGAAGCCUUACAGGUGCCAGAAGUGCGGCAAGAGCUUUGCUCAGCUCUCCAAGCUCAACUCGCACUCAAACAUCCACAAACAACAUGGACUCAUGCAAUGCCCAUGUUGCGUCACUCAGUCUCCAAACAAAGAUGACUUGAUUGAUCAUUUAAAGAUCCACAUGAAGGGCACCAAGAGGUUCAGUUUGAUUAAUAAAACGAGAAGAGCCAGAGAAAUUCAGAUCCAAUCUUGCGCUGAUUAUAUAGAUUCCCCAGUCUCUCUUAAUGGCAGGAAAACCCUUAGAUGCUCCACUUGUUUCAAAUAUUUUUUCAGCAAGGCCACAUUGAAGAUGCACCUGCAAACACACAGUGGAGUGAGUCGUUUCACCUGCAAAGUCUGUGGCAAGAUGUUUAGCAAGUUCUUAAGUUUCAAUGCACAUGAAAAAACACACUGGCCUGUUAAACCGUAUGCCUGCUCUGUGUGUGGAAAGGGCUUUGUUCUGCUUAGGGAGCUUAAAACCCACUCUCAUAUGCACUCAGGAGAGAUGCCUUUCUUCUGUAACCAAUGUGGACAGGCCUUUAGUGUCUUCUCAUCCUUGCGCACACAUCAAGUCUCCAAAGUGUGUUUUGAGGCUAGAUAUGAGGGAGAUGGAAACAAGGUUGACAUUGAGGGGUUCCUGGUGGAACAAAGGACUGAUGGGCAGAUUAAUACCCCGAUGUACUUUAAAUGUCAGAUUUGCAAACAACUUAAUCGUCACUGGUGUCAGUACAUUCUUCAUCUACAAACGCACACUAAUAACAGGCAAAACCUUUGUGAGGUCUGUGGACAACUGUAUGACCAGGUCACGGAAUUAUGUGUUCAUUGUAAAGUUUGUUGCAAAUCAAGUGGAGAGGAGAGGGCAUGCAUUUCGUCCUUGUCACAGGUCUGGUACGAACCCCAAUCUCUGCAGAAUCAGACGCCUGAGCCUGAAAUUGAUUCUCUGUACAAUGAUAGUCAGGAAAUGUUAUCUUUGGAUGACCAGCAUCCCCAAUGUAAGGAGCCUGAGCCUCUGCCACCUCCGGAAACUAUGGAGGAGUAUUCCUCAGAUGUGCUUCCACAAAACCCCAAACCUACUUGCCAGACCCCAGACCCCAGACCCCAUCCUUCUCCCUCAAACUCCAUGCGUGCAAGUCCUGCUCUAUCUUCCCCUUCUGUAAUGAGCUGUAAUUCCGUACGUGUGGUUCAACAGCCUGCAGGUGUUCGCUCUUGUUUACAGACCCAUGCCCCUUUUGACAGGUAUUCAUGUGGACAAUGUGGAAAAUCCUUUAACCAGUGGAACAAGCUCUGGUUGCAUCAGGGACUACACAGAGAAAAACGCUGUAGCUUCUCAUGCAAUCAGUGCAAUUUAGAGUUUCGCUUCUUUGGCUCCUAUAGGGAGCACAUGCAGGAACAUGCAGCACAGAGACCAUAUGCUUGUCCAUUAUGUCCCAAAACCUAUGUCAUUGAAGAAGACCUAAAUACCCAUCUGUGUGAAAAUCACCAGCCGCGUGAAAGCCUGAAAUGUGACACGUGUGGAAAGGAGUUCACCGGUUUCAGAAACUUGGAGAAACAUCGUCUUUUACACAGAGGUGCUAGCUCGCACUACUGUCUCCCUUGCAUGCUCCCAUUUCCUAGUAACCAAGCCUUACAGAAUCACUUGAAGGCUCACGAAGCCCGCCCUGUUAUCCCUCUCCCUGAAGGGCCAUUGGAACCACUUCUAUUUCCAUAUCGUUGUGGAAAAUGUAAUGCCAGAUUUACAACCACAGACUUGCUCCAAGCCCAUCAGGUUUGCCAUCUUAUUGGGGGGGAAAAAGCAUAUAGCAGCAGUUCAGCUAAUUAUGUUUCUGCAUCCCUUACCUCCAAGCUUUCAAACAAGCCAAGACAGAGAGUCACGCUGCUAUCCCCUCAGACAAUACCAAUUCCUCCGUUAAAGAAAAGGAACAUGUAUAGGUAUCCUAACCCUGAUCGUCUUUAUGUCGUCCCUAAAAUAUCCUCACAGCCAUCAGUCAUUAUUUCAGACACAGAAGAAGAGCCUCAAGAGCUUCUAAACAUUAGCUUAUCCUCAGUCUACGACACACCCUGUAACACUGUGUCCCUUGAACAUGAAGGGCAAAUCAUCCCUAGCAAUGAUUGUUGUGAGGCAAGCAACUCUGAUUUACCUCAGCCCUCAUAUCCCUCCUCAUGUGUUCUUACUGAUGAAUCGACUCAAUGUACACCAAAGCCCCAAACAGACACCACACACAUGUCGACACAUGAACCACCCUCACCCUGUCCCCUGGAUAAAGGUCCUCAGAAUGCACCAGCCCAAAUACGAGACAAGUCUAAGGGUGAUCAUGAUACUUUCUUUAGAGCCUCAACAUUUGUGAUACCAAGGGGCAAAAAGUGGGGGUAUGAUGCCUUUGAGUGUGCGGAUUGUUGGGUAACAUUUAGUGACGUGUCAGAGCUACAUGAGCAUUACAUACAUCAUGCCAGGGGGGUGAAGUGAAUGUCAAUACAUAUUUUCACAAUUCCACUAUUGUAUAUAAUUGCUUUUGAUGAUAUUGGUCAUUUACAUCUGAAGAGUAUGAUCUGUUUCUGAGUUAACCAUAGUUGUCUGAGUUAACCAUAGUUGUCUUAAUAGCUAUAGCAAUGGUUAAAGGAAUAAUCCACACAAAACCCCUAAUUACUAUGAUUUACAUUGUUAAAUAACGCCUUUUGCAUUUUGUCGUUAUAAGGCAGGAAGCAACAUAUGAUAAUUGUUGUAGGAAUCUGUUGGAGCUCUCUCUGGACAGGAUUGCUGGCUAGCUACAAAACAUAGCUACACACGAUAAUAUCAAAAUCAAUAUCAGCAUGUGAAGUAGCUAGUCGGCUGUAAAAUCCCUGAAACACACUGCGCUAUUAAUUUUAGGAGUUACAAUCUCACCAUGUUCAACCUGGUGGAGAUUGUCUUGCUCAAAAUUGUGAGUGAGGUUGCUAUGGCAACGCAAUGACUGCCUGCACUGUGAAGGUCGCUUUGCGUGAUGGUAGUUAAAGGACAUUGAUCUGACGGUGCACUUUGAGUUUGAAUGAAAUAUAUACUUUGUCAUGACAAUAUAGACUGUUGGAUGUGUUCUAGACUAGUAUGUCAAUGUCAUCUAUUGUCUGAUUUGGCAAUCUGGAGUGCAGGUAAUUGUUUUAAAAGCAUUAGGCAAUAACAAACUAGCAUAUUUCAUAUCUCCAAAGACAAAAACUUUAUUGUGAUGACGCGGCACAACACAAUUUUGGACCAGAAGUUAAAUCAUGCCAUGGUGAAAAUAAUCACAGAACAGACUAUCACCAAUUUGAGAGGUGGAUUCCUUCAGUGGAUUAUUUGUUUAACGUUGACAUGAACUUUUUUCCUUUAAAAAAAACAUUAUUCAUAUUAUUUGAAUAUAUCCGGGGAAUAUGUUUUUCUCCCCCCCACCCCCAAGUUGUACAGUACUACAAAAAUGUGCCUUUUGAAUAGAUUACGAACUUGUCGUACUUUUUAAACAGUUACUCCAAUCUGUCCUGUCUUAUUUGUUCUCUUUUUGGAAGAGCAUUUGGAAAGUACCCUUUCAGACCCCUUGACUUUUUCCACAUUUUGUUACAUUACAGCCUUAUUCUAAAAUGGAAUCUAUUGUUUUUUCCCCCUCAAACAAUCUACACACAAAACACCAUCAUGACAAAGCAAAAGCAGGUUUUUAGAAAUUUGAGCCAAAAAAAUGAAUAAAUGAUGUUACAUUUACAUAAGUAUUCAGACCCUUUUCAGUGUUUUGUUGAAGCACCUUUGGCAGCAAUUACAACCUUGAGUCUUCUUGGGUAUCACGCUACAAGCUUGGCACACCUGUAUUUGGGGAGUUUCUCCCAUUCUUCUCUAGAGAUCCACCCAAGCUCUGUCAAGUUGGAUGGGGAGCGUCGCUGCACAGCUAUUUUCAGGUCUCUCCAGAGAAAUCCGAUAGGGUUCAAGUCCGGGCUCUGGUUAGGCCUCUCAAGUACAAGUUUUCCUGUUGGAAGGUGAACCUUCGCCAAAGUCUGAGGUCCUGAGAGCUCUGGAGCAGGUUUUCAUCAAGGAUCUCUGUACUUUACUCUGUUCAUCUUUCCCUCGAUCCUGACUAGUCUCCCAGUCCCUGCUGCUAAAAAAACAUCCCCACAGCAUGUCGCUGCCACCACCAUGCUUCACCAUAGGGAUGUUGCCAGGUUUCCACCAGACGUGACCCUUGGCAUUCAGGCCAAAUAGUUCAAUCUCGGUUUCAUCAGACCAGAGAAUCUUGUUUCUCAUGGUCUGAGAUUCUUUAGGUGCCUUUUGGCAAACUCCAUGCGUGCUGUCAUGUGCCUUUCACUGUAGAGUGGCUUCUGUCUGGCCACACCCAUAAAUGCCUGAUUGGUUGAGUGCUGCAGAGAUGGUUAUCCUUCUGGAAGAUUCUCCCAUUUCCACAGAGGAACUAGAGCUCUGUCAGUGAUCAUCGGGUUCUUGGUCACCUCUCUGACCAAGGCCCUUCUCCCCCGAUUGCUCUAUUUGGCCGGGUGGCCAGCUCUAGGAAGAGUCAUGGUGGUUCCAAACUUCUUCGGUAGUGCUGGAGAAUUUUGUUUUGCUACCCUUCCCCAGAUCUGUGCCUCGACAUAAUCCUGUCUCGGAGCUCUACGGACAAUUCCUUCAACCUCAUGGCUUGGUUUUUGUUCUGACAUGCACUGUCAACUGUGGGACCUUAUAUAAACAGGUGUGUGCACAUCAUAUCCAAUCAAUUGCAUUUACCACAAGUGGACUCCAAUCAAGUUGUGGAAACAUCUCAAGGAUGGUCAAUGGAAACAGCUCAAUUUCAAGGCUCAUAGCGAAGGAUUUGAAUAUUUAUGUAAAUAAGGUAUAUUCCCUUUUUUUUAUACAUUUGCAAACAUUUCUAAACCUGUUUUUGCUUUGUCAUUAUCGGGUAUUGUGUAGAUUGAUGAGGGGGAAAAACAAUUCAUUUUAGAAUAAGGCUGUAACGUUACAACGUCUCAAAUGUCAAGGGGUCUGAAUAGUUUCAGAAUGCACUGUACAUGUUUUUUUUAUGUUUAACGUUGUAGAUGUUGUAACACACCUCUUUUAAAAUAACCAAUAUUUUUAAAGGCAACUGGAGGGUAACAAAAUGUUGUUAUCUUUGUAGUUACACUGCCCUUGUCUUUGCAUGAGGACUCAACUCUUUUACCAGUUCACUUCACCUAUAUUUUGUGGACUCUUUUUUUGCAUACACAUUGCUAUGUUUUUGAAAAGAACCAACAUCUUUUUCCAACAUUCACUCAAUGCAGGACAAGCCAUUCAAUCACAAUGUGUUAUGGGACAGCUGGAUAUACAUACUUACAGUUUGGAAGCUAAUAGAUUGCUUUUAGUUCAAAUAUGAGACAUAACUGUAAUCAGAAGAUACGAUUAACGUGUAAAUAUUAUUGGUAACAGAACAAAUAGCAAUUGAGUAACUGCAGAUUAAAUAAUGCUGUAAUUGAACAUUUUACACCCAAUGUAGGCUACUUCCCCUUUAAGAGCUAGAAUAGAUUUUAUAGACAUUUACAUUUACAUUUAAGUCAUUUAGCAGACGCUCUUAUCCAGAGCGACUUACAAAUUGGUGCAUUCACCUUAUGACAUCCAGUGGAACAGCCACUUUACAAUAGUGGUUGUAGGUUGUGAUUCUCACAACCUAUGUUGUCUUCUCACACUAUUCAAACCCCACGAUCAAUAAAAAGCUUAUAAAGCUCUCUUAGCAUAUAGAGCACAUAUUGCAAACCAAUAAUCUGAACUAAAAACUCCACACAUUUUGGAAUUUCUGUGCAUCCUUGACAAUUGCUAGUCAAUAUCCAAAAACAGCUCACAUUUGUUUUCUUCCAUCAUCUCUCGUGGCACCAAUGUAAGGGUUUAUGGCAGGGGAAACAGUGUUGCUGUAGUCUAGUGUGUUGUGUGGGAAUAGUUACAAGCGAACCUGGGGACUUUUGUGUUUACAUUGUCCUAAAAAUGGGGACCGGACCACAGAAUUCAAGCGAACCCAACUCAGACCACCUCUCGAGAUGAUCUCUGUUCGGUUCGCUUCGGGGGCUCUUUUGAGGGGUUUGAGUUUCUCUGGAGUGUUAACAAUGUACAAUAAAUUAAGCAAACUGCACAGAGUUCACAAAUAUUGGCUGAAAGGGAACAAAUGUGAAAACACCCUAUGUUGUGUCCUUUUGGGGUAACGGUUAAAUCUGCUUUCCAAACAGUCAAUUGUUUGGUAAAUGGUGAUUACUUACCAUCUUUGUUUUCUGGAAAUGUGAAGUGUGGUUUGUGACACUAUUGUAAUUAGUCAUUUUCAAAUGUCAAAGAUGUCACUGGACAUUCAGUAAACAUUACUCAUUGCAUCUUUAAGCACUGUACAGCAAAGCUAUUGUCAACACAAAGAUGUGAUGGAAAGGAUUUGUUAUAUUGAUUCUGUGCUGAUCAUUUUCAUUCUUUAGCUGUCUCGUUAUCAAUGCAAAAGUUUUAAAGUUUUUAUAUACAGUUAUCUUACAAUAAAAGUAUCUUGACUUUGA